CAUAUAUUGAAUUAUUGAUCUCUGUAGUAGAGUGAAGUGGAUACCUUCGAGCCUCCCCACUGUGUUGUUGUCCCUAGCAGUUGAAAGAUAAGGUCUCUCGGGCUCUCGCCCUUUUCCUUGAUGCUUUGUUUUUCUAUUUCUCAGAAGAUAGAGAAUAGUCAUGGCGGUGACGUCCAUGAGUUUCAACAUAGCAAGCGCAUUUAAAGGCCUUUCCUUGGCUUCAAGCUCUUCGUCAUUCUUCUUCAAAGGUGAUUGCGGGACCAUCAAUGUGGUUCCCAAGCCAUUGGUCUCGUUCCCCCAUAAAUUCCCAUUAACAAUUCAGAACGCGCACAAGAAAGGAGCUGGAAGCACAAAGAAUGGCCGUGAUUCCAGAGGACAGAGGCUUGGAGUCAAAAUUUUUGGUGACCAAGUCGCGAAGCCCGGUUCAAUCAUUGUUCGGCAGCGUGGAACCAAGUUUCAUGCAGGAAAAAAUGUGGGACUGGGCAAAGACUAUACGAUCUUUUCCUUGAUCGAUGGAGUCGUCAAGUUUGAGAAAUUUGGGCCAGACAGGAAAAAGGUAAGUGUUUACCCGCGAGACGUACAGCCUGAGAAUCCCAACAGCUAUAGAGCACGGAAGAGGGAGUACUUCAGGAUGAGGCGUGAGCGCAAGAAAGCUAGAGAAGAAGCAGCAAUAGUUCAAUCCCAGCUGGUGCUUGCUUCUGCAGAUGAAGCUGCAAUUAAUAAUCCAAUGUGUUGAUUUUUCUCAUCCCCCCCCCCUUUAUUGUUCAUGUAUCCGUUAAGUUUCUACAGGUAUAUUGAAAUUUUAUUCGAGAGAUAAAGGUUAAGAGUGGUUCUUUUGCUUUUGAGUAAUGAGAUCUCGUUCAUCUUGAAAUAACAAGUCUCUGACACUCCACCUUAUCAAGUAUCACAGCUCAAGUUGUCCA